CUCCAUCUCCUCCCUGUAGCAACCUCAUCAGUGAGUGUUAUCCGAGAGCGCGAUGAUAGAGAGGUGUUAAAAGAACCCCUUCAGCAACAAUUCACCUCAGAGUUGGGACUUCGGACACUUGGAACGUGCGCGCUAUCUAACCCAUAAAGUCUCGCAGUCUGCUACAUAAUCUUAAAAGCUGUAAUAAUAUGCUGUAAUAAUAUACAUAAUAACAAUAGUCCACCCUGGAAUGGAAUAGUAGACUAUUUCCUGAGCGCAGGGGGCUGGGCCGUUGGUAGCCUACCUUUCCACAGGACGGACGUAAUGCAUCCGUUUAGUUCACCGAAGAAGGGCUUGGUGAAGAGAUACGACUUGACAACCUAUCCAAGGACUUUAUGAUUUGGAACUGUCCAAGGAUUUGUGACAGUUUAAAACCUAAACACUGAACUUUAAAGACAUGCAAAAAGACACCUACAACAGCAACCAAUAUCUGUGUGGAAAUGGCCCCAGUUGUAUUGGCAGAGGACAGAGAUAUCCCCAGGUUGCUGCGUGUGCUUUGCAGUCUUCUGGUGAUUACUCCACUGUCCCUCGUAAGUCAAGACCAGUUCCUGACGGCUGCGAGUGCAGUGGCAAUAACCAGUCUUCCAGAACAUCACCCAUCCUCAGCAGCAACCUCCACUUGCAGUCUCCCAAUUAUCGGGUUUCUGAUCCGAGCAUCAGCUCGGUUCCCAAGGAUCUUCGGCAAGACUUACAAACGCCCGCCAUACAAGUUUUCUCUUGGAUGAAGGAGUCCCGCCAGAACACGAAACAGAAAGCACACUGUGCCAACUCAGUGGAGAACUAUCUAGCUGAGAGUCGGUCGGAUUCCGCCUGCUCAAAGCGCGCUCGGACAGCCUAUACCGGCGCGCAGCUCUUAGAGUUGGAGAAGGAAUUCCACUUCAGUCACUACCUCUGCCGUUCACGGCGCAUGGAGAUGGCGAAUUUGCUGAACCUCACUGAGCGGCAGAUAAAGAUCUGGUUUCAAAACCGGAGAAUGAAGCACAAGAAGGAUCAACGGAACGUGGGCAUGACGCAUUCUACUGAGGAGUUACCUUAUAGUCCAAAGCUGCCGUCCGCGGGUGCGGUCACUGGGGGAAGCGGCUAUCGAUACCCAAUGCAUUCUGCUCACCACAACUUGCGUUAUGAACCGCCAUCUCCUAGUAAAUCCCUUCUCGAUGCAUGCAAUUUAUUUGCGUCACAUCCGUCUCCACUGGUAAACUACGCAUCGCUCCAAGGCCAGUGUUCAGAAACUGUGAGUAAAAGCACUGCGACCAAUUACGAGAUGAAUGGUCUACGAGACAGCAGCAGAUGGACACAUGGACAGAGACGUUAUCAGGGAAGCGGCUGCUGCUCAGUCCAAGAAGCUAGCACUGAUACGCCAUUAGUUUCCGGACAGACAAAUCACCUUCACCAUCCCUCUGACUGCAUGGACUAUAUUGGGGAAACCCUUUAGGUAACAGCCAUUCCUGCGAUCCCAACCCUAGCACACACGCAGACCCAACAUUGCACUGCACUCAGGGAAUAAUCCAGGAAUUACCCAGACUUACUCAUCUUUGAUGGGGAAACAAGACCCUAUGCCCCGAAUGCCUCAUCUCCCCUUCCCUAGUUCUUCAGGUUGUGCGGAGUUCUUUUUGCCCUCUGUAUAAACUCAUGACAUAGGCCUACUCUGACGUAGGCUAGGUAAUCGAGUGUACAUAAUGUUUGUCUAAUGUAAUAGCGGAAGGAUCAAAAUAUUGAAUGUGAAUGUGAAUGUGAAUCUUUGUGUCCGUUCUUGAAGAGCUUGCUUCAGUGGAGUUGAUUUCAUGGUCUGUGGAAUUAUAUUGAUGGUCUAAUGAUGCGCUAAAUUUUGGGAUUUGGCGGCGCCAUCUAAAAGAAUUUAAAAAAUACAGACAACAUUGUUAUGGUUAAGUAUUGCAGUAGGCUAAUGGCAUUUGAAGUUAACUUCAAUGAUAUGCAUGAAUGAAACACAAAGCAAAUGAACAGGACACAUGCAUCUGAUUUUCAAUAAAUGUCGUCAUUGUCAUGCUGCUCCCAAUCGAGUGAUUUUAUGUUAAUGUUAAAUAUGAUCAAAUAAAUUUCGCAAUGUUUACAGUGUU